UUGGUUUUCCCUCAGGCAGAAGCUGAGGAGGAUUGUCAUUCUGACGAUGUCAGAGCCGGAGACGGGGAAAACGAGAGUCCUGCUGAAUCAGACCUGCAGGCGCAGCUGCAGAUGUUCCGGGCUCAGUGGAUGUUUGAGCUUGCCCCGGGAGUGGGGUCGAGCGGCUUGGAAGCUCAGCCUUGCAGAGCAGCAAGAGGUGCACUGCUAAAAGCAGCGGCAGACACCAAAGGGAAACAAGAACUGGCAAAGGAAGAAAAGGCGAGAGAACUCUUCCUGAAGGCAGUAGAGGAGGAACAAAACGGAGCCCUCUAUGAAGCCAUCAAGUUCUACCGCAGGGCUAUGCAGCUGGUGCCUGAUAUCGAGUUCAAGAUUACGUACACGCGGUCUCCAGAUGGCGACAGCGCUGGAAACACGCACAUGGAGGACAGUGACACCAGCAGCAAGAUGGCAGACCUGCUGUCCUGCUUCGAGCAGCAGCUCACGUUUCAGGAAUCUGUGCGCAAGCUGUGUCAGCCUGAGCUGGAGAGCAGCCAGACUCACAUAUCAGCACUGCCAAUGGAGGUCCUGAUGUACAUCUUCCGGUGGGUGGUGUCCAGCGACUUGGACCUCAGGUCACUAGAGCAGCUGUCCUUGGUGUGCAGAGGAUUCUACAUCUGUGCCAGAGAUCCUGAAAUAUGGCGCCUGGCUUGUUUGAAAGUGUGGGGCAGAAGCUGCAUUAAACGUUUCCCCUACACGUCCUGGAGAGAGAUGUUCCUAGAGCGGCCUCGCGUCCGGUUUGAUGGUGUGUAUAUCAGCAAAACCACCUACAUCCGCCAGGGGGAGCAGUCUCUGGAUGGUUUCUACCGAGCCUGGCACCAGGUGGAGUACUACAGGUACAUCAGGUUCUUUCCAGACGGCCAGGUGAUGAUGCUGACCACCCCCGAGGAGCCCCCGGCCAUCGUGCCCCGGCUGAGAACCAGGAGUACCAGGACUGAUGCUAUUCUGCUGGGUCAUUAUCGUUUGUCACAAGACACAGACAAUCAGACCAAAGUAUUUGCUGUGAUAACUAAGAAGAAAGAAGAAAAACCACUGGACUACAAGUACAGAUACUUCCGCCGAGUUCCCGUGCAGGAGGCAGACCACAGCUUUCAUGUGGGGCUGCAGCUGUGUUCCAGCGGCCACCAGAGGUUCAACAAGCUUGUCUGGAUCCAUCAUUCCUGUCACAUGACAUACAGAGCCACCGGGGAGACGGCAGUGAGUGCUUUUGAGAUCGACAAGAUGUACACACCGCUGUUCUUUGCCAGAGUGAGGAGCUACACGGCCCUGUCAGAGCGGCCGCUGUGAGCCCCGUGCAGCGCUCUCCGCGUGACGGCAUGAGCAGAGCACAGAAGAGCACCUAAGUUAUAAAUGUACAUAUAUAUGGAAUCGAAACUUAUUUUAAAUUGUUGGAAUUCCUUUAAGAAGAGUAUAAAUUAUUUUUUUUAUUUAAGGGGAUUGUUGAUUCUUGGGAUGUUGUGUUUUAAAAUGUAAGUUUAAGCACAUUUAUGUUGCAAAAUACCUUCAUACAAGGCGAAAAUCAUGUCAUUUUCCAAGCAGAUUCGUGGGUAGAUUUCUGUCGCGCAAGUCACCGCCCGAUCACCCCAGUACUUUCCCGCAUGGGGGCUCCUGCGCUAGUGCUCUUCCCGCAUGACUUAGUGUCUCUGCACUAAAGCUCACAAUGCGAAAACCUGUCAGGGUUUGUUUGAAGCUGUUUAACCAAUAAAGAUUUAAAAAUGAUGUUCCUUUCAAAGAAA